CACAUUUUCUAGUCAGAACAAUGAAAUCCAAACAUGCAAUGAAAAUCUGAACAAAACAAAAACUGAUUAUUUAAGUAUGGAUGGCCCUAAAGUUUUAAAUAUGAAUGUACCUGAUACUUCAACUAUGGAUGAACUCUAUGUUGAAAAUAGUCAAGAUGAUGAAACAAUAACAGAUCAGCUUAAUACUGACCUUGAAGAACAUGAUGAUGAGAUGUCAGGUGGCCCAAAUAAUGAAGUUGAAAUAGUUUCUGAAGAUAUUCCCAAAGAUGUUGUGUUUGAUUCUUAA